AUGCGUUUAUUCAACGGAUCAACAUAUUUUAGAAUUUAACAUAUCGGCUCCGUUUUAUGGAGUAUAAGAAAUUUGCCGCCCAUUUUCAAUGAUCCAAAAAACCGUUGUAACGAAGAAACCUGUAACCUCUCUCACUGCUCUCUCACAAAAAUGCAAAACCCUAAGCCAACUGAAGCAAUUACAUGCCCAUCUCCUCAAAACCCUCCUACCCGAAAACCCUUUCGCCAUUGGAACUCUCCUUUCGGUUGCCGCCACCUCCAAGGACGCAUCUUUCUUCUCGUAUGCUCGCUUAAUUUUCAAUCAUAUUUGUCUACAUAACACUUUCAUGUACAAUUCUAUGAUUAGAGGUUAUGUUCAAACAAAUUUGCCAAAACCCGCGAUAUUGUGCUACUUAGAUAUGUUAAGUUAUGGCCUUGAAGUUAAUAACUAUACGUUUCCACCAUUGAUUAAAGCAUGUUCGAUUCUUGCCCCUUCAGGCAAAGUAAUGGGUUUUUUAGUUCAUGUCCAUGCAUUGAAAUUAGGAUUUUCUGAUGAUCCUUUUGUGGUGAGUGCAUUGAUUGAAUUUUAUUCGUUGGUUCAAGAUAUGGGAACUGCAAGUAUGGUGUUUGAUAGAAGUCCUAAAAGGGAUGUGGUCAUGUGGACCGGGAUGAUUGAUGGAUAUGGAAAGAUAGGGGAUACUGAGAAAGCUCGAGAUUUGUUUGAGAAAAUGCCUGUGAGAAAUGUGAUAUCAUGGAGUGCAAUAAUGGCGGCUUAUUCUAGGGCUAGUGACUUCAAUGAGGUGCUUUGUCUGUUUCGGAGAAUGCAAGAAGCAGGCUUGGAGCCUAACGAGUCAGUUCUGGUUAGUGUUCUAACUGCUUGUGCGCAUCUUGGUGCUAUAACUCAAGGAUUGUGGGUUCACUCUUAUGCAAAACGGUUCAAUCUUGAUGUUAACCCAAUCUUGGCUACUGCAUUAGUUGAUAUGUAUUCAAAAUGUGGUCAUGUGGAUUCAGCUCUAUCAGUUUUUAAGGGCAUUGUUAGUAAAGAUGCUCAAGCUUGGAAUGCUAUGAUUUCUGGUGUUGCAAUGAAUGGGGAUGCAAAGAAGUCACUUGAAUUGUUUUAUGAUAUGAUCUCAAGUGGGGUUCAACCCACAGAGACCACAUUUGUCGCUAUCCUUUCUGCUUGCUCACAUGGUAUGAUGGUUAACGAGGGCCUCAUUUUGUUUGAGCAGAUGAGUAGUGUCUAUGGCAUUGAACCUAAGUUUGAGCAUUAUGCGUGCAUAGUCGAUCUUUUGGCAAGAUCAGGCAUGGUGGAGGAAGCAGAGAAGUUUGUAGAUAAGAAGAUGGGAGGACUUGAGGGGAAAGAUGCUAAUGUGUGGGGGGCCCUCUUGAGUGCCUGUAGAAUUUAUGGGAAUGUUGAAGUAGGAAACAGGGUUUGGAAAAAAUUAGCUGAUAUGCAAACCUUAGAUUCUGGUAGUCAACUACUCUCAUACAAUAUCUAUAAGGAAGCAGGCUGGGUUUUGGAAGCGAAUAGGGUUGGCAAAUUGAUUUCAGAAGCUGGUAUGAAGAAGCAGCCCAGUUGCAGUGUAAUCGAGUUGAACGGCGUGGUUGAAGAGUUCCUUGUGGGUGAUGUUGCACAUCCACGAGCAAGUGAAGCAUAUAAAACACUGAAUUCACUCUUCAAAUUGGUGAACAUGGAGGAAUUUCAACAUUUAAUCUGAUUUUGCUUCAUGAUGCAAUACAGAAACAGUUUCUAUUUUGAUAUAGAUAUAUCUCUGCAUGUUCUCAAGUUAUCGUCUCUCUCGUGUUGUUCAGGAACAGGUGAAUAGACCAUAAGAAUGAAUUUUUUUUUUUUUUUUGGUAUGCAAAAUUUAUUUCAUGAUAAUUUUGUUGUAAGUACAUCCAUAAUGAAUUCAUAUUUUCAAUUCCUUCUCAUAUUAUUUUGUAUCAAGGGAAUUGAGAGUGAAACUAGUGGGUUGGUUCACUUGUAAUUGCAGAAAACGGGGUAGAAUAAACUUUGUAAUAUGGUGAGAAAUCUCCUCCUUGGCCUCCCAAAUUUGAGGGAAAAUAAUGGAAGAAAAUGCAAUUGGCUUUGGAUA